AACUACCAAGACAGUCCUGGCGGGAAAACUUCCGAGGGACCAAGUGUUCCUAGGCUCUUUUUCCCCCGCUCGGAGCACAGAUGGUACCGUCCGGAAGUCCGGGAGGAGACUGCGGCUGCGCUUCUCGCGAAACGGCAGGCGUCGCGGGGCUGGCCACUUCCGCACUUCCGCUUUCCGGCCCAGCCAGCGCCCGCGAUGACUGCCACUCUCCGCCCCUACCUGAGUGCCGUGCGGGCCACGCUGCAGGCUGCCCUCUGCCUGGAGAAUUUCUCCUCCCAGGUCGUAGAACGACACAACAAGCCAGAGGUGGAAGUCAGGAGUAGCAAAGAGCUCCUGUUACAACCCGUGACCAUCAGCAGGAAUGAGAAGGAAAAGGUACUGAUUGAGGGCUCCAUCAACUCUGUCCGGGUCAGCAUUGCUGUGAAACAGGCUGAUGAGAUUGAGAAGAUUUUAUGCCACAAGUUCAUGCGCUUCAUGAUGAUGCGAGCAGAGAACUUCUUUAUCCUUCGAAGGAAACCAGUGGAGGGGUAUGACAUUAGUUUUCUGAUCACCAACUUCCACACAGAGCAGAUGUACAAACACAAGUUGGUGGACUUUGUAAUCCACUUCAUGGAGGAGAUCGACAAGGAGAUAAGUGAGAUGAAGCUGUCGGUCAAUGCCCGUGCGCGCAUUGUGGCUGAGGAGUUCCUCAAGAAUUUUUAAACCACUGGCUGGAUCUCGUGGCCUUCCCCCUCAGACUCCCCCGUGUCUCUGCAAAGGCCUCCUGGAGUUACUUCACAGAGCGGCAGCGGCGGCGGCACAGCAGCAGAGGGGAGCUGGGUCGGGGUGGGCAUUAGAUGGGGAGGGGGGUGGAGUGCUUGCUAGCUGGGCAACAAAGCAGCAGUGGACCUGCCCCAAGGCCACACGUGCCUGGUCAGGCUGGCUUCUGAUGUUCAGUCCCCUGGGCUGGGACAGAUUUUUUUUAACGUCUUGAAACUUAAAUUCUGUGCUUGCAGGAGACUGUAACCUUUUUGUCUUUUUUUUUUUUUUUAAACAAACAACCUCCACCUCCAGUAGCUGUGACUGGUCCCAGUGAUUGUACCUUAUUGGUCGCUGUGGGUCUGGGCUGGCCUGGAGCCAGAAGGCGACUACUGUUCCUCUCCCGAGCCACCCCAGGUGGGGAGGGAGGGAGGUGUCUGACUCCAGUUCCUCUCCCUUGCUCUCUUAUUCCCAAGCCUCCUUGGGCCCAGUAGAAGUGGUGGGGACCCUCUGCCAGCUUCCUGAGCUCUGCCUAAAGAUGGCCACCCAGCACUGGUUGGGGACAAGGGCUGAACCAGAGGCCAUUAGCUACGCCUAGAAGCUGGGACCCAAAAGCCCGGCAACCUCUGGCUGCAGGGUCCACUUUGUGCCCUCCCCGCUGAGAGGGGCCCCUGUUUCGCCUUGUCUGUCAGUGCAGUGCCUGUGCUAGAGGUGGAGAGGUGAGUCCUCCAGAGCUUUUCUGGGCCCUCCCGCCUGCUCUGGCUCCUCUGCUCCCACGCUCGCUGUACCUUUUCUUAUUCUGGUGGAUCUUCCCUCCCCUAAUUAAAGUCUCUUCUUGCCCCGGUGGGGCUGCAUGA